UUGUUGAGCUUGGUACCCACAAUCAGUAUGGCAAGUUGGCAAGCAAGGCAGUGUCAGCUGUAACUUCCAGCUAGCAACAUGAGUAACGUUUUAGUGCUAAUUUUGAGCGCACUGCUCCUCGUGUUACCGCACGAGAGCACGAGUGGAUAUUUAAAUGUAUAUCCACAAUUGAAGCAGUACCGACUCGCCGACAAGGAGGAUGCUGGUGCGCCGCUUAUCCUGACGCCUUUGAUAGAAAAUGGAAAGAUUGACGAGGCACGAUCGAAGGCUGUCGUCCAACACAAAGAGAUGGGCGAUAUUAGCAGUUACUCGGGUUAUUUCACAGUUAAUAAAGAGUACAAUUCUAAUCUCUUCUUCUGGUUUUUUCCAGCGAUGCACAAUCCAAAGACCGCACCAGUAGUACUAUGGCUGCAAGGUGGUCCAGGGGCAACUUCUAUGUUUGGUCUUUUCAUGGAAAAUGGUCCAUUUAUAGUGACUGCUAAUAAAACUCUAACAACGCGGAAAUACUCAUGGAACAUAGCACACAACUUGAUAUACAUUGAUAAUCCAGUUGGUACUGGCUACAGUUUUACUGGUGAUGAUAAGGGAUAUGUCAGAAACGAGACGCAAGUAGGAAGGGACAUUCAUUCUGCACUCGUACAAUUCUUUCUGUUAUUCCCAGAGUUACGAAACAAUGAUUUCUUCGUCACUGGUGAAUCAUAUGCUGGGAAAUAUGUGCCGGCAGUGUCUUAUACCAUUAAAGAUUACAAUAUCAAAGCAGAAACAAAAAUUAACUUGAAAGGCCUAGCCAUUGGUAACGGAUUGUGCGAUCCGGAGAACCAAUUGUUAUAUAGCGAUUAUUUGUACCAACUCGGAUUGAUAGAUACAAACGGGAAAACUCUGUUCCAAGGGUAUGAACAAAAGGGCCGCGAAUUUAUUAAACAGAAGAAAUAUCUUGAAGCAUUCGAAAUGUUUGAUACGCUUCUUAAUGGCGAUUUAAGCGGCAAGCCAUCUCUAUUUCGCAAUCUAACUGGUUUCGACUAUUACUACAACUAUUUGUAUACGAAUGAUGGCAAUGACUCCGAUUGGAUGUCCGAAUGGAUCCAGAGAGCUGAUGUUAGACGAGCUAUACACGUGGGCAAUAGUACUUUUCACGUUGAAACCCGCACCGUCGAGGAACAUCUGAAAGAAGACGUCAUGCAGUCCGUAGUACCUUUCUUGACGGAUCUUGUACAACAUUAUAGAGUGCUCAUCUACAAUGGGCAAUUGGAUAUUAUCGUGGCAUAUCCGCUCACGGAAAAUUACUUGAAAACUUUGCAAUGGCCCGGAGCAAGCAAAUACGCGAAAGCGCCAAGAAAGAUAUGGAUGGUCGGAGACAAAUUAGCGGGAUACACAAAAACUGUUGACAAUUUAUCAGAGGCUCUUGUACGGAAUGCAGGUCAUAUGGUUCCUGCCGAUCAACCGAAAUGGGCGUUAGAUCUCAUCACGCGUUUUACACAUAAUAAAAAGUUCUAAAUAUUAUGCGGACUAUACUGAUUAUAAAUGUAUGUGAUAAAAAUUUUUUUCUUAAGAAUUACUAUGUAAUAUAUAGACAUUUAAUAAUACACGGCAAUGUGCCAACAAUACUUUAACAAAAUACCCCGAGGAGCAUAGUCAUGACAAA